AAGAAGCAUUCUGUCCGCGGCGAUUUCAGCGACGCAAUAGAAUGUUGUUCUUAUAUUUAAUUUUUACGGCCUUGGCCGCUCUGAUUUACUACAUUUAUCAGUUCGGUACGAAGAAUGAGAAUAUCUUUGUGGAAAAAGGACUCGCAUUUCGCAAGCCAACAUUCAUCUUUGGCAACAGCAUCAAGUUGUGGAUGAGGCAAAUCAGUGCGUUUGAUUUCGUAAAGGACAUCUCGAAGGGAUAUCAAAAUGAAAAAUUAAUGGGAUAUUUCGAUUUUCGUGAUCCUGUCGUCUUGAUAUUUGACCCAGACAUCCUGAAGCGUCUUGCUGUGAAGGAGUUUGAGAGUUUCCCUGACCACAGAGUAUUCUUUUCCGAAGAUUUUGAUCCUCUUUUCGGGAAUUCCAUCUUUUCUCUCACGGGUCAAAAGUGGAAGGACAUGCGAGCUACAUUAAGUCCUGCCUUCACAGGAAGCAAAAUGCGUUUGAUGUGCGAUUUGAUAGUGGAAAUCUGUGAGCAAAUGGUGGACUUCUUGAAGACGGAAGUUGACGAAAAAGGACUACAAAUCUAUGAGACGAAGGAAUUAUUUUCAAGAUUAGCUACAGACAUAAUCGGAACGUGUGCUUUUGGCAUCAAAGUGGAUUCUCUAAAGGACAAGGACAAUAACUUUUAUGUGACAGCAAAAAGGAUUUUUACUUUUACUAAUAUCAGAGUUAUAAUCACGUUUAUGUUGUACAGAAUAUGUCCUUGGCUGAUGGAGUUACUCAAUAUUCCACUAUUUCACGCAGAGAGCAGGAAUUUCAUGAAGAAUUUGGUUGUAAACACAAUGAAGACAAGAGAGGAACAGAACAUCGUUCGUCCUGACAUGAUUCAUCUUCUAAUGGAAGCUAGGAAAGGCAAUUUAACUCACACCGUAACUGAAAAGGACUCUGCGGGAUUUGCCACCGUUGAAGAGUCUGAAAUAGGAUUGAAAGCUUCCAGAAGAACAUGGACAGAAGAUGAGAUCGUUGCUCAGUGCUUUGGCUUCUUCCUGGCAGGAUUCGACACUGUUUCCACUGUCACGGGCUUCAUUAUUUACGAAAUCAUGGUCAACCAGGAUGUUCAGGACAAACUGUUCGAGGAAAUUUCAGAGAUGCACUCAAAAAUCGGCGGAGAGUCUAUCAAAUAUGAAUCUCUGCAGCACUUGAAGUAUCUGGACAUGGUGAUAUCAGAGACUCUGAGGAAAUGGCCUGCAGCUCCUGUUGUCGACAGGAUCUGCACUCGCGACUUCACACUGAAAUACGACAAUGACAAGGAGUUCACAUUCCACAAAGGUGAUGUUUUCUGGGUUCUGAUUGCUCACUUCCAUCGAAGCGCUAAAUAUUUCCCAAAUCCUGAUAAAUUCGACCCUGAGAGAUUCAGCGACGAGAACAAGGCUUCAAUUAAUCCUGCUGCUUACUUGCCUUUCGGCGUUGGUCCUCGGAAUUGCAUAGGCUCCAGAUUUGCCUUGAUGGAACUAAAGUCGAUCAUUUACUAUUUAAUCCUGAAUUUUCACAUCGAGACCACGGAAAAGACUCAAAUUCCUGUCAAAUUGGCGAAUCAAUUCUUCGGUGUGCAAACUGAGAAGGGAAUUCACGUACAGUUUCGCCCAAGAAACUAAAGUCAAGUCAACGUGUGAUAAAAAUAAUGUGUGUAAUCUUAUCAGUACAUAAGUGAAAGUUUAGAAUUGCGUUUAUACAAGCUUUGCUGACUUUAUUAAUAAAAACAUGAUACAA